CGACACAACGCCUGUCUGCUGCUUUGUGCUUCAGAGGAGUGUGUGAGCAGGUUUUUCACUUGUCUGGCGUCCCUUGGCAGCAGGAGCCAUGCCGGGCGGAUACAAAGGGGAGUGUGGGGACGAUGUGGACCCCAUGCCAUUCCUGGUGCCCUCCGAGAAGGAGCGCCUGGAUGCCAUGAACACGCCCUACGACAUCAAGCUCUCCUGCUGGGUCAAAGACGAGAAGGAGGCGUUUGUGUCUGGGGAGAUUCAGUCUAAAGAUGGAGAUAAAGUCACUGUUAAAACAUCUAAGAAUACUACGGUGACGGUGAAGGAUGAAGACGUCCACCAGAUGAACCCUCCUAAGUUUUACCAGGCCAGUGACAUGGCCAACCUCACCUUCCUCAACGAGGCCAGCGUCAUGGAAAACCUGCGCAGCCGCUACGUCAGCAUGAGGAUCUAUACUUAUUCAGGCCUUUUCUGCGUGACCAUAAACCCGUACAAAUGGCUGCCCAUCUACGGAGCGAAAGUGGCCCAGUUAUACAAGGGGAAGAAACGCAAUGAAGUUCCUCCUCACCUCUUCUCCGUCUCUGAUAACGCCUACCACGACAUGCUGCUGGAGCAUGAAAACCAGUCCAUGCUGAUCACUGGAGAAUCUGGUGCAGGCAAGACCGAGAAUACUAAAAAGGUCAUUCAGUAUUUUGCCAAUGUUGGAGCAUCUGGGAGCAAAGUUUCCGAUUCCAAGGGCUCACUGGAGGAUCAGAUCAUUCAGGCCAACCCAGUGCUAGAGGCAUUUGGUAACGCCAAGACCAUCAGGAACAACAACUCCUCACGCUUUGGAAAGUUCAUUCGUAUCCACUUUGGUCCAACAGCUAAGCUGGCUGGUGCCGACAUUGAGACUUACCUGCUUGAGAAAUCUAGAGUGAUCUCCCAGCAAUCUGCAGAAAGAGGAUAUCACAUCUUCUACCAGCUUCUGUCAGGGAGAAAGCCAGAGCUCAUAGAGGCUCUGCUGCUGAGUCCCGACCCAAAGCAGUAUGUGUGGGUGUGUCAGGGGGUCACUGUGGUGGACAACAUGGACGACGGGGAGGAACUGCUCCUCACUGAUGAAGCUUUUGAUGUUCUGGGCUUCACUCAAGAUGAGAAGAUGAGCGUGUACAAGCUGACUGGAGGCAUAAUGCACUUCGGCAACAUGAAGUUCAAACAGAAAGCCAGAGAGGAACAGGCUGACGUGGAAUCCACUGAGGUGGCUGACAAAGUUGCCCACCUCAUGGCCAUUAACUCCGGUGAGCUGCAAAAAGGCUUAACACGACCCAGAGUAAAAGUUGGAAAUGAGUUUGUGACCAAAGGUCAGAACCAGGACCAGUGCGUUUACUCCAUUGGCGCUCUUGCAAAAGCCAUCUAUGACAGAAUGUUCAAAUGGAUGGUGACCCGCAUCAAUAAAACCCUGGACACUAAAUUACAGAGGCAGUACUUCAUAGGAGUGCUUGACAUCGCAGGGUUUGAGAUAUUUGAUCUCAACAGCUUUGAACAACUCUGCAUCAACUUCACCAAUGAGAAGCUGCAGCAGUUCUUCAACCACCACAUGUUCGUGCUGGAGCAGGAGGAGUACAAGAAAGAGGGCAUUGACUGGGUCUUCAUUGACUUUGGUCUGGAUUUACAAGCUUGUAUAGACCUGCUGGAGAAGCCCAUGGGGAUAUUCUCCAUCCUGGAAGAGCAGUGUGUGUUUCCAAAGGCGACUGACGCUACCUUCAAAGCAGCUCUCCACGACAAUCACCUCGGCAAAUCCGCUAACUUCCUCAAGCCAAAAGGAGGGAAGAAGGGAACAGAAGCCCAUUUUGAACUGGUCCACUAUGCCGGCACAGUGGGCUACAACAUUACAGGCUGGUUGGAGAAGAACAAAGACCCCCUGAACGAGACAGUGGUGGGGCUGUUCCAGAAGUCGUCCAUGCCUCUGCUGGCUCUGCUCUUCAAAGAGGAGGAGGCCGCAGCCGGGACCAAAAAACAGAAGAAGGGCUCCUCGUUUCAAACAGUGUCCAACUUCUACAGGGAACAGUUGAACAAGCUGAUGAGCACCCUGCGAAGCACCGCCCCUCACUUUGUCCGCUGCAUUGUGCCAAAUGAGUUCAAACAGUCAGGUGUGACAGACAAUCAUCUGAUCCUGCACCAGUUGGCUUGUAAUGGUGUUCUUGAGGGAAUCCGCAUCUGCAGGAAGGGCUUUCCCAACAGAAUGCAGUACCCAGAAUUCAAACAGAGGUACUACAUUCUCAACCCCAACGUAAUGCCAAAGGGAUUUGUUGACAACAAAAAAGCAUCUGAACUCAUUCUCAGCUCCACUGGCCUUGACAGUAUGGAGUACCGCAUAGGCCACACAAAGGUGUUUUUCCGUGCUGGUGUCCUGGCGAAGCUGGAGGACAUGCGCGAUGAACGGCUGACAAAGGUCAUCACCUUGUUCCAGGCUCGUCUCAGAGGAGUCCUCAUGAGGAUCGAAUUUAAAAAGAUGGUGGAUCGUCGAAUCGCACUGAUAGCCAUCCAACGAAAUGUGAGGAAGUUCCUUCAGCUGCGCUUCUGGGGAUGGUGGAAGCUUUAUACCAAGGUAAAGCCUCUGCUGAUGGUGGCCCGUCAGGAGGAGAUCUUUAAGGCCAAAGAGGAGGAGCUGAGAGUAGCUGUGGAGAAAGUGAAGGAGCUGGAGACAAAGAUCAAAACUCUGGAUGAGAAGAUGGUCACUCUGUCCCAAGAGAAGAACGACUUGGCCCUUGCAUUGGCUGCUGAGCAGGACAUGCUGGGGGAUGCGGAGGAGCGAUGUACUCAGUUGAUGCACCAGAAGGUUCAGCUUGAAGAAUCAGCCCAGGACCUCCGUGAGCGUCUGGAGGAGGAAGAGGGGGCCUCAGCUGCGCUCCACAGCCAGAGGAGGCAGCUCGAAGGGGAAGUGACUGAGCUCAAGAGAGACCUGGAGUCUCUAGAGUCCACUCUCGCCAAGACGGAGAAGGAGAAACAGAGUUUGGACUUUAGAGUGCGAAGUCUGACUGGAGAGCUUGACCAGAGAGAUGACACUAUCGCCAAACUGCACAAGGAGAAGAGAGCACUAGAGGAACUGCAACAGAAAACUCUAGAUGAUCUCCAAACAGAAGAAGACAAAGUCAACCAUCUCACCAAGACCAACAGCAAACUCAACACCCAAGUGAACGAGCUGGAGGACAGUUGGGAACAGGAAAAGAGAAUCAGGGCAGAGGUGGAGAAAGCCAGAAGAAAAGCAGAGGGUGAUCUGAAGAUGGCCAUUGAAAACCUCAAUGAAAUGGAAAACGCCAAAGUGGAUUUGGAAGAUGUCAUCAAGAAGAGAGACUUUGAGAUAAACAACAUGAACGCAAAGUUGGAGGACGAACAAGCUCUGAGCACAAUGCUCAGCCGUAAACUCAAAGAGCACCAGGCUCGCAUCGAGGAGCUGGAGGAAGAGCUUGAAGCUGAAAGGGCCAUGAGAGCCAAGGUGGAGAAGCAGAGAGUCGACCUGUCACGUGAUCUAGAGGACCUCAGUGAUAGGCUGGAAGAGGCUGGAGGAGCCACUGUCGCUCAGAUUGAGCAGAACAGGAAGCGUGAGGCAGAGCUGCUGAAGUUAAGGCGUGAGCUGGAGGAGGCCGCGCUGCAGUCUGAGGCCACGGCCGCCGCUCUGAGGAAGAAGCACUCUGACGGCAUGGCCGAGCUGGGAGAACAUCUGGAGAACUUGACCAGGCUCAAGGUCAAACUGGAGAAGGACAAACUGAGCAUGAAGGCAGAGAUUGAAGAUCUCAACGCAACACUGGAGGCCACGCACAAGGCAAAGGUGAACUCUGAUGCUCAUGCCCAUAAACUUGAGGACAGUCUGGCAGAGGCCAACGCUCGCCUGGCUGAGAUGGAGCGCACGCAAACAGAACUCAACACUGCCAAAAUCCAUCUGACUGCUGAGAACAACGAUCUGAGCAGAGAGUUGGAGGAGGCGCAGAGUAAACUGACCCAGGUGACCAGGCUGAAGGCCACACUCACUUUACAGGUGGAUGAGAUGAAGAGGCAGCUGGAUGAGGAGAGCAAGGCGCGUAACUCUGCAGUCAUAGGCCUGGCCAAUGCUCGUCAUGACCUCUCCCUACUCAAAGAGCAGCUGGAGGAGGAGUCUGAGGGCAGAGGAGAGCUGCAGCGUCUGGUGUCCAAACUCAACGCUGAUGUCACCACCUGGAGAACCAAAUAUGAGACGGACGCCAUCCAUCGCACUGAGGAACUGGAAGAAACCAAGCGUAAACUUGCAGUGCGUCUACAGGAGGCUGAGGAGGCAGCUGAAGCAGCUCAGGCCAGAGCAGCCAGUCUGGAGAAGGUCAAACAGAGACUACAAGGUGAAGUGGAGGACCUCACCAUAGACCUGGAGAAGUCAAAUGCUGCCGCAGCCGCUCUUGAUAAGAAACAGCGAGCUUUUGACAAGAUGGCCUCCGAAUGGCACCAGAAGAACGAGGAACUUCAACUGGAGCUGGAGACCAGUCAGAAAGAGAGCCGCUCGUACAUGACUGAGCUCUACAAACUCAAGACGGCCUACGAGGAGAGCCUAGAUCAGAUGGAAACAAUACGCAAGGAGAACAAGUCCCUCUCAGAGGAAAUUAAGGAGUUAGUUGACCAGCUUGGAGAAGGAGGCAGGAGUGUCCAUGAGCUGCAGAAGGCCAAAAAGAAACUGGAGGUGGAGAGAGAGGAGCUGCAAAUGGCUCUGGAGGAGGCAGAGGCUUGUCUUGAGGUAGAGGAGGGUAAACUGGUGCGUGUGCAGCUGGAGCUUGCUCAGGUCAAGGCCGACAUCGACCGGAGGAUCCACGAGAAGGAGGAGGAGUUUGAGGUUACCAGAAAGAACCAUGCUCGUGCUAUUGAGUCGCUCCAAGCUAGCCUGGAGGCAGAGGCCAAAGGUCGCGCUGAGGCUCUGAGGAUGAAGAAGAAGAUGGAGACGGAUUUAAAUGAGAUGGAGAUUCAGUUAGAGCACGCCAACAGAAACAACGCAGAACUGGUGAAAACUCUGAAAAAGCUGCAGCAGCAGAUCAAAGACCUGCAGGUGCAGAUGGAUGAGGACGCCCGUCUCCACGAUGAGCUCAGGGAGAAGUACAGUCUACAGGAACGGCGUCUGUGCCUGAUGCAGGCUGAGAUGGAGGAGCUGCGAGGAGGUCUGGAGGCAUCUGAGAGAGCACGAAAACAAAUCGAACAGGAGCUGGUGGAAACCACGGAGAGGUUCAGCGAAAUCAACAUGCAGAAUCAGAGCCUGGUCAUACUGAAGAGGAAACUGGAGGCAGAUCUCACUAAACUGUCCACAGAGAAUGAAGAGCUCAUCUCUGAGUUCCGUGCUGCAGAUGAAAGAGCCAAAAAGGCUGUGACUGAUGCAACCCGUCUUUGUGAGGAGCUUCGCCAGGAGCAGGACCGCAGCUCUCACCUGGAGAAGGUGAAGAAGAGCCAGGAGCAAACCCUCCGAGACCUCACUCUGAAACUAGAGGAGGCCGAGCAGCAGGCUCUGAAAGCAGGAAAACGAACCAUCCAGAAACUGGAAACCAAGAUUAAAGAGUUGGAGAAUGAGUUGGACCAAGAGCAGAAGCGCCAUGGUGAAACUGUGAAAAACCUUCGUAAAGGGGAACGUCGGGUCAAAGAGCUGAUCUUUCAGACGGAGGAGGACCACAAAACCAACCAGCGUAUGCAGGAGCUGGUGGAGAAACUCCAGAACAAGCUCAAGUCCUACAAGCGACAGAUAGAAGAUGCUGAGGAGCAGGCUAACUGCAGCCUGUCUAAAUACAGAAAGACCGUGCAUGAGCUGGAUGAUGCAGAGGAGAGAGCUGAAAUGGCAGAAAUGGCACUUAAUAAACUGCGAACCAGGAACCGAGCAUCGACUACAAAGGGCUUCACCUCAGUGGAGAUUGUGCAGGUCACUAAACCUGCCAGUGGGGGACAGGAAGAGUAAAUAUGUACACACUCAACAGCAGAUGACACAUGCCCACCCAACCAGACAGAGAAAGCAUCACUGAGGAAGCAGGAAACUGUGCUUCUACAAAGUCUUAAAAUGUCUUUGGAAAGUCUUAACACAAGAAGACAUCACCUAUAGUCUUAACUACUUUUAGAUUUGUCUCAACUGUCUGUCUGCACUUUGUCACUGCUCUGUGUAUGUCGUCAACAGUAACAGUAUAAUACUGUUGUUCUUUUGUCAAGAUACUGCUCUUUUCUUCUCAGCUGUGCGUUUGUCUAUUGCCUCUUCUCUUUGAAGCAUUUAUCUGAAACAAUGGGUGGGAGAGCUGUGCUCUUACAUCAACGAUAGAGAGCUCACCUGUGUGUGUCGUUCAUGCUGUAGUGUCCUGUCCUUCCUGCUGCAGUAGAAUAAACCAAGA